ACAUAUCUGGAUGUAAUUUUUGGCACAUUAAACAGCUGGAUUUUCACCAUUAACUCACUGAACUGCUGAAAAUUGCAGGGAGACAUCAUGGCUUUUGGUGAUUACAUAUUAGUACUUUUCUUGACGAUAACUUGUACUCACGCGGAACCAGACUGCAUACCGAACGCCAAUUGUUUUUACACGUUUGGGGACACCAUUGAUUGUUCAUCACUGAAUCUUCAACAUCCUCCUUGUUUUAGUAGUUCUUCAAACAUAACACACAUAAAUCUGAGUAACAAUUACUUGGAGAAAUUUCCAGUUCAUUUACCAACGGCUUUGGAAUAUCUUGACUUAUCAUACAAUAGAAUUUCAGGUGAUUCGCCAAUGUUAUAUACGAUUUAUAGACGACUGAAAUACCUCAAUUUAGACCACAAUGCAAUUACCAACCUUAGUUUCUUCUCAGUGAUUUCCAACAUGUCAAAUUUAGAAUCCCUGUCUAUCAAAGGCAAUACUGAUAACCUGUACUCCAAAUAUCCAAAUAACUUACUUGUUGGAUUAGAUUCAUUAUCACAUCUCAGAAUUGAUGGAGUUCAAGAUGGAAACUUUGGGGACAUAUUUUUAGAAGAUAAAAUUGAGAGUUUGAAAUUCCUGGAUGCAUCUGGCUACAACUGUGUGUGUAAAAUUUCUCACUUGAGGUGGCAUGUAUUGGAUAAAUUCAAUUUAACAUAUCUGGAUUUAUCUUUUUGUGACAUUAGAUCUAUCGAAAUUGGGGCUCUGAAUGCUCAAACAUACUUGCAAUAUUUAGAUGUUUCGUAUAACCAACGGCUUGGUUUCAGAGGGCUUGCAAAUAUCUCUUACGACCUUCAGAAUAGUGCCAUCAAAGUCUUUAGACUUGCCAAAAUACACUGCACUUUUGGACCUUUUAUUUUAUUUUAUUUUAUCCUGCUGCUUAACCAUACGAAAUAUCUUCACAAUACAUCACUCGAAGAAUUAUACCUAGACAGCAACAGGUUAGAAAUCAUGGAGAUAGGAGUAUUACCAAAUUUACCCAAAACACUGAAGCAUUUGUCUGUCGGAGACAACAAAAUGGAUGAUGGCAUGUAUGUGUUACAGGUGAACUCUUUGUAUAAUCUGGUGAUUUUGAAUGUUAGUUUUCAAAUAUAUUCUCAUACAAACUAUUUUGAUGGUUGCAAUGAUUACUCAUAUUCGUGUCAUAUCGGUCCAGAAGUUGCUCUCCUGAACACGGGUCAACAGCAAGGGUCUUCAAACAUAACAUUUUAUUUGCCAAAAAACCUAAAAAGAUUCUAUGCAAACAAUAUGAAGUUACACAUUCGAGUUGGAGAAGUGCAUUUCAGUGACUGUAAUCUGGAGUUUGUACAUUUUCAAAACAAUUUUUUUGUUCAAAUUCAUGGUCCAAUAUUUGGGUGCGAUGAUGUCAGAUAUGUAGAUUUUUCGAACAACUUUUGCACAUUCAUUUCAGCCCAAGUGUUGAAAUUUUCACCAAAGAUAGAAAUUUUGAACGUUUCGCAAAAUGAUCUCGGUUUCACGUUGGAAAAGGACAUAAACGGUGAGAUAUUCGGCAAUAAUAGAAACUUAAGCGUUUUGAAUUUACACGAUAAUAAAAUACACAUAUUACCAGAAAAACUUCUUAAAAAUAACUCAAGAAUACAGCUCCUGAAUAUCUCAUACAAUAGAAUAGAAAAAUGGAGGGUAGACAUACGUCAUAUGUUUCUACUUCAACAUCUUGACCUAUCCUACAAUCUCUCGACUGAAUUGGACGAAACAGCUCUUAAUUUAUUACCCCAAUAUAACAAUUUUACAAUCAAUCUAUUAGGAAAUCCUUUGGUGUGUUCUUGUGCCAGUCAGUUCUUUCUUGAAUGGAUGAAUAGACAGCAUCGAUCUAGAUUUGUGCAUUUACAAAACAUAACAUGUUCUUAUACGGAUGGUUCUCGGUUUUCACUUCGCGAUUUGUCCGAUAUAGUGCAAAAAUUACAAAAGAAUUGUUCUUCAUACACCUUACUUAUAAUUGGGACAUCUUCAUUCAUUUUCCUCUUGUUAAGCGUAACAAUGUAUCGAAUCAUUUAUCGAUAUCGAUGGACAGUCUUCUAUAUCUACUAUUUAACAAAGCAAUCUCUUUUUCCAGAGGUUAAACGAUCACAGAGAAAAGUUUUCUACGAAUACGAUGCCUUCAUCUCAUAUUCAGAACAUGACAGAAGAUUUGUUUUUAAACAGUUUAAAAAAAUGGAGAGCGGCGGACUGAGGUUCUGCAUCCAUGACCGUGAUUUCAUUCCUGGAAAAGAUAUCGCUGAAAACAUUACAAACGCUAUCCACAACAGCAGACGAACAGUAUGUGUAAUAACGUCACAUUUCUUGAAAUCAUAUUGGUGUAUGUUCGAGUUAAAUAUGGCACGAAUGGAGAGCAUCUAUUCCCGAGGGGGAGACAACAUUCUAUUGUUAGUUUUAUUGGAAAACCACAUCGUUCGAGAAAUGCCAUUGUCUCUCCUUCACGUUAUUGAAAGUAAAUCGUACCUAGAAUACCCGGAUGAAGAACAUUUUGGAAGUAUAGGAACUUUUUGGAGAAAUCUUGAACAUACGAUAAAGGACGAAGAAUAACUUUGUAUAAUGAAGUAUUUUCUUUUUAAUUUCAAAGAGAUAGAUAAGGGGGGGUCCUUUUCGUAACAUA